GUCAUUUCCACUCAGGCAGCUACAUCAGUUACCAUCCCCCGAACAAGCACGUUUGCAGGAAAUCAAGCAUGGCAGGACUGGAACAACUUGUGCAGAUGAUAUAUCAUGAGAGGCAGCAGGAAGGAUCAAAUCUUUGUGCGCAGCAUGCGCUCAAUUCCCUGCUACAGGGAAACUAUUUCACAGCGCCCGAUCUCUCUGAAUUCGCUCGAAAGAUGGACGCGCUGGAGGAGUACUCACGUUACGACGACGCCACUCGAGCACGCACAAGUACCAAUAUGGAUGAUACAGGAUUUUUCUCCGUGCAAGUGUUAGAAGAAGCACUCAAUGUCUGGAAUCUUAGCCUCGUUCGUUGGCGUUCUGAAGCUAUGAAGCCAUAUCAGAAUGAGCCGCAUAACCAAACCGCAUUCGUACUCAAUCAGAAUCAGCACUGGUACACAUUGCGACGAUUUGGAGAUCUCUCUAUUCCAGGUGAUGGCCACUGGUUCAACCUCGAUUCCACUAAGCGCCAGCCACAAUGGAUCAGCAAACUCUACCUUGGCAUGUUCUUGCAACAAGCUGAGAGUGAUGGAUACUCUAUUUUUACAGUCACGCAGAUCGAUCCAGAUGCACACUCUCAGAUUCCCCACGUAGACGCAGACGCUAUCGCAUCUACUUUACCAGAUCCUACUUCAACUUCUUCGACACCACAGGAUGACGCGGAACUUGGAUUUGAGAAUGAAGAUAUGGAGCUGCAAGCAGCCUUGCAAGCAUCUUUGGUGGGUUCUGGAGAAGUCGGUAGUUCACGGGCUAUGCCGGGUUUCUACCCUCCCGCGCACGCUAGAUUAUCCGCCGAUAUCCGCGGAUCGAGUUCAUCGAGUUCGGCCAGAAGAGCUAUGCCAGGCAUUCCUCCCAACCAAGACCCGUACGGAAAUGCUGACGUUGACCCGAUUACUGCUUCCAUGGAGCGUGAUCGUGUACUCAUGGAGCGCAUGCGACGUGAGCAAGAAUUUGGGUUUAGACAGCAGUAUGAGGAGGAGGCUGCACGGUUUGGAAGUCGGCAGCCGCCAUACGGACCACAAGCACAAGGUAGCCAUGAAGACGAACAUUUUCGUCGUGCGAUUACGGAUUCGCUAGCAGAACGACACGCCAGAGGAGACAUUGAUGAUGAUGAUUCCGAAGACUCGGACUACGUGCCUACUCCCGAAGCAAGGACAUCGUAUGGCACGGGUCAGCAGGACCGGGUUUAUGAUGAUGACGAUGCCAACUUCCAGGCUGCACUAAGAGCAUCAUUGGAGAGUGCACCUCCUGAAUUUAUCCCUCUUCCAGUACAACCACUUCGGGCACGACAAUCGCCGCCUUCGCCUCAUAUCGCUGCUACUUUCGAGGAUAGCGAGAUAGAUGGUCGAUCUGAGGCAGAUACUAGUACGAUUGCAUCGGAAUCGGAAGCCCCAGAAGAAGCUGUAAGUGUGGAAGAGAUGCGUAGGAGAAGGCUCGCAAGAUUUGGCGGUUGAGACAUUGGCCGGGAAUAAUCAUACAACCAGCAGUGCGUCGCGUUAAAAAUCACAAAUUCUCAGAAUAUAAUACAGUACGAGACGCUCUCCAUUGUGCGAAGGACCUGAACUACUUCCUUUCCGCAUCCCCCAUGCCCAUGGUUUGCUUGGCCUUGUCCGUCAAAGAUUCCUACCAAGAUUCUUCAGUC